CUGCUGGCCACGGAGGAGGAGGAGGGGGGGGCGGGAGGAGGGGAGCUGGCCGCCAGGGCGGCUCGGUGACGAGGCCAGCCGGCCAAACAGAGGUGGCCGUGCUACCCGCUGCCCGCGAUGGGGGGACAGAUCACCCGGAGCACCCUCCACGACUCCACUGGGGGCCCCUUCCCUGUCACCUCUCACCGAUGCCACCACAAGCAAAAGCACUGCCCACCAGUGCUGCCCGGCGGGGGGCUCCCGGCCACGCCGCUGCUCUUCCACCCACACACCAAGGGCUCCCAGAUCCUCAUGGACCUCAGCCACAAGGCCGUCAAGAGGCAGGCCAGCUUCUGCAAUGCCAUCACCUUCAGUAACCGCCCAGUCCUCAUCUAUGAGCAAGUCAGGCUGAAGAUCACCAAGAAGCAGUGCUGCUGGAGCGGGGCGCUGAGGCUGGGCUUCACCAGCAAGGAUCCAUCCCGCAUCCACCCUGACUCGCUGCCCAAGUACGCCUGCCCCGACCUGGUGUCCCAGAGCGGCUUCUGGGCCAAGGCGCUGCCCGAGGAGUUUGCCAACGAGGGCAACAUCAUCGCCUUCUGGGUGGACAAGAAGGGCCGUGUCUUUUACCGCAUCAAUGACUCGGCUGCCAUGCUCUUCUUCAAUGGGGUCCGCACGGCCGACCCGCUCUGGGCCUUGGUGGACGUCUACGGCCUCACGCGGGGUGUCCAGCUGCUUGACAGCGAGCUGGUGCUCCCAGACUGCCUGCGGCCGCGCUCCUUCACCGCCCUGCGGCGGCCCUCGCUGCGGCGCGAGGCCGAAGAGGCGCGCCUCUCCGUGAGCCUGUGCGAUCUCAACGUGCCGGGCGCCAAUAGCGACAGCGAGGACGCUCCGCCAGCCGCCGGCUGCCCCAUCCCGCAGAACUCGCUCAACUCACAGCACAGCCGCGCGCUGCCCGCUCAGCUCGACGGCGACCUGCGCUUCCACGCGCUGCGCGCCGGCGCGCACGUCCGCAUCCUGGACGAGCAGACGGUGGCACGCCUGGAGCACGGGCGUGAUGAGCGCGCGCUCGUCUUCACCAGCCGGCCCGUGCACGUGGCUGAGACCAUCUUCGUCAAGGUCACGCGCUCAGGUGGUUCCCGGCCAGGAGCACUCUCCCUCGGUGUCACCACGUGCGACCCCAGCACGCUGCGGCCCGCUGACCUGCCCUAGCCCGAGGCCCUGGUGGACCGCAAGGAGUUCUGGGCUGUGUGCCGUGUGCCCGGGCCCCUGCACAGCGGUGACAUCCUGGGCCUAGUGGUCAACGCUGAUGGCGAGCUGCACCUCAGUCACAAUGGGGCCCCGGCAGGCAUGCAGCUGUGCGUGGACGCCUCACAGCGACUCUGGAUGCUCUUCGGCCUGCAUGGGGCCAUCACGCAGAUCCGCAUCCUCGGCUCCACCAUCCUGGCAGAGCGGGGUGUCCCAUCACUUCCCUGCUCCCCUGCCUCCACACCAACGUCGCCCAGCACUCUGGGCAUCCGCCUCUCUGACCCCUUGCUAAGCACGUGCAGCUCUGGACCUCUGGGUAGCUCUGCAGGUGGGACAGCCCCCAACUCCCCGGUGAGCCUGCCCGAGUCGCCAGUGACUCCAGGCGCGGGCCCCUGGAGCGACGAAUGCACCAUCUGCUACGAGCACGCGGUGGACACAGUCAUCUACACGUGUGGCCACAUGUGCCUCUGCUACGCCUGCGGCCUACGCCUCAAGAAGGCGCUCCACGCCUGCUGCCCCAUCUGCCGCCGCCCCAUCAAGGACAUCAUCAAGACCUACCGCAGCUCCUAGCCCGUCACGGUGCCCGGCCCGCAGGCACAGCUCCAGCUGAGGGGCAAGUCAACAGGGUCCCUUCUCUUCUUCCUCAUUUUGGAAACUCUUCUCCCUUCUCAUUAAACUUGGGAAACUGAGCCCCUAAAGGUGUGGGGAGGAAGUGGGUAUCAGGCAGAGAGGUGGGGCAGAAGCAAAUUGCUUGCUUUCCCCUGCACGCUGAGGGGCUAACCUGGUCCUGGUCCUUCCCCAUCUGGGGUUGAUUCCCAGGAGUUCUCCCUAGCCCAUGUGGCACCUUUGUGAGAAUUGGAAAGUGCGUCCCUUCCUGGAGCAGAUGUGGCCCUGAGCCCGGACAUGUGGCUUGGCUAGUAGAGUGUGGACUUUGUCGUCAGCCUCUGUUUUCUCCCUUAGCCACCUGCUCUUGAGCAGUGCACAACCUGCUCAACAGCUGCCCUGGGCAGGCAGCUCCCAGGCUGCUGCCUUACUUCUGACCUCUACCUACCUUCUCCUUCCUUUCUUCCCUGCUCUUUGGGUCUGGCAGCCAGGGGUAAGGCCAGUGGGUACCUCUCAUCCUGGGCAGGUUGCAGCGUCCAUGCUGUACGUCUCCCAUUCACCUGGGAUGGAUGUACAAACAGGCACAGAAGCCUCCAGAUUCUGGGUCCCUAGCCCUCGGCCUGGUUGAGAUGGGGAGGGCCCUUUCCUGGUCAUAGCCUUUCUGCCCAAUGGUGUCGCUGGAUGCUGCUGCCCUGGGGCCACCCCGGGUAUGGGCUGGAAAGCAGGGUCUGCCCUCUGUCAGGCUCUCUAAAGAACAGGUGUGGCCCCUCCUUCCCCAUUUCAGUGCUGUUCUGGGCCUGGCUGAUACUCAGAGGCUGCAGCAUCCCAGGAUGGGGCAGGAUCCUGGGGUGGGGGUGGGGGUUCCCUGGAGUAUGAGUAGCCUUUUUCCUUUAUUUAUUUAUUUAUUGGGUUGGUAGGGGUUAUUUGGCGGGAGGGUGAACUCCCAUCCCUCAGUCCCCUAGAAAUGCUGCCCUGUGAGCGGGGUGCCUGGUUUGAGGGGCCAGCAGAGGUAGUCAUCACUCAAGAUCUUCCCCAGAUUCCAGCCCAGAAGUCCACAGCCAGCUGUUUACCAUGAAAUAGAUCUCCUUAAAAAGGGACUGAAUUAGAAGGCCUUCUGGCAAAUUGCGUCCAUUUUAUAGAAAAAGGCAACAGAGCCCCUGCAGCACCCCAGACAGGUGGAUCCCCCAGUCAUAAAAUGCCCUUCCUUUUCGGGCUGGAGUGAGGUCCUCCUCAUUGGCUCAUAUAUAUCAGGAGGCCCAGGAGCACCCCCACUUCCGUAAGAACAUAAGUUCUGGGCAGCCUGAGGGAGGGAAGCCCUGCUGGCCACGGCACUGGAAGGGCAGGGAGCCUGUUCCUAGGAAAAGCUCUCCACUCCCAGGAAGGAUGAGAAGGGAAGGGGAUAGGUCUCAGCAUCUCUGAAGUUCUUAUUCCCGAGUCUGGGGUGAGGGAGAACCCCCCCCCCAGCUUCUCUUAGGUUGUAGUCAUCUCAGCCCUGCAGGCCCUGUCCUGAUAGUCCAUGGGCUGGGGCCAGCUCAGCCCCAAGCCUCCCAGCUCUCUGCCCCCUAAAAUGGCUUUUUACACGCCUCAAGAGACCGCUUUGCCAUAAGGCUGGCAGGGCAUGGGAUUCUAGACCUGGCCGCUGACCCGUUGUAUGGCCCUGGGCCGGUCACAGCCUCUCUGAGCCUCAGCUGCCGCCUCUGUAAAAUGAUUGUUUUGAGGGAGCAGACUUUCUGACUUUCGGGAGUUCUUUGGUGGUGGCUGCCAUGGGGUGGUGUGGUCAGGAUGCCAGGCCGCCCCUGUCUGUACCUGCCUUGCAGCGGGACUCUGGGGAGUCACAGUUCUCCCCAGUCACUGACCUCAUGGACCCCUUCUGCCGGCGUGGAGUGAGGCGGGCGGGCAGUGGCCCCAUCCCAUCUGGGGUCUCAUCUUGGAGGCAAGGCAAGUUCUUACGCGCAGGGGCUGUGUGGCCUGAGGGUCAGGGAGAGGAAGCCACCCGUCCCAUUGUCUCUGUUAGUACGAGGGUAGUUGCUGCCUCCUUUGUGAACCUGGGUCACCGUGAUUGUGAAUAAAGGUGAUUUCGUACCA